GUUUGGAUGUUUUUUUUAAUGGUUUUAUGUGAAGCUAUUUGAAAUGCCUUGUUGUCGAAAUGUGCUUUACUAAAAAAAAUGCCUUGCUAACCGACUUUAACACAACUCGUAUUCAUUUAUUGGCCAGGUGAAGGCGGCACAUUGUAAAAAGAGACAUUUGACUGCUAUAAGAAUAAUUGACCUUCACCAAGGCCAGUUCUCAUAAAGUGUCACUCCCCUUCCUCUUUCCACCCCAAGCUCAUGUGUAUAAAAAGUGGAAGGAAAUCUCACUUGCUGCACAUCACCCAUUUUGCUCAGCUGGCAGUUUGACUGAAUCUCCAACCUUGCAUGUGCUUGUGAAUAAGAUGCAGGUCACGAAGAGUCAUGUGACACUGGGAGUGACACAGAGUGCAGGUUAACACACUCCCAGUCGGUCGUCCACCUCGAGCCGUCUCUUCUGGAUUUUAUUUCAUCAACAGUCGCUGACUCCACCAGACCUGCACCCGACAUCCUACAUCCUCAACGCUCUUUUACCUGAGCUCUUCUACUUUUGACACCUUCAGGUGAACAUGUCUGCCGUCUACCUCCUCCUGCUGCUGCUGCUGCCGCUGGUGUCCGCACAGACCUUCCAUUGGGGGGGCUGUCCUGCUCCCGAGGUGCAGCCCGACUUCAACCUCUCACAGUAUCUGGGCCUGUGGUACGAGAUCGAGAAGCUCCCCGCCUUCUUCGAGAGAGGAACGUGCAUCGAGGCCAACUACACCUUGAACGGCGAUGGCACCGUUCGGGUGCUGAACUCCCAGCUCGAAGACGGCGAGGUGAACGUGGCAGAAGGCACCGCGGUGGUUCUGAGCCAAACAGAACCCGCCAAGCUCGGCGUCCGCUUCUCUUUAUUUUCGCCCAGAGGUCCUUACUGGGUUCUGUCCACAGACUACACCAACUACUCCGUUGUCUACUCCUGCACCGGCUUCCUGAGCGUUUUUCACGUCGACUUCGCCUGGAUCCUCAGUCGGUCUCGCUCCCUGCCUCAGCAGACCGUGGCCCAGGCCAAAGAUCUGAUGACCAGGCAGAACAUCGAAGUGUGCAAGAUGAUGGCCACGAAUCAGACGGGCUGCUGGGACAACUAGGCCCCCCCCCCACCCCCACUUGACCGAGGACAACACGGGGCGAGGCUCAAUACUCAAUCAGCAGUCCCUUGUCUUGUGAUCAUCGUAGCCAACAAAUGUUGGGAUGUUUAGCUUUGAUUGCUAGUUUUCACCAGCAUCAUGUUGUAACUAUUCCUCGUGUCCUGUAUUCUUAUAUUCACAUAGUAACUGCCGGUCUGUGCUUUAAUGAUUGAGAAGGUGGAAUUUGUAAAACCCGAAUAACCACCAAUGCUCAAGGAAGUUACAAAGGGUGUAAUGUAUCGUGAUUUUACUGCAUGUUAUGUAAUGGGAAAUGGAAAUGUACUACAGCGCCACAAUGAAUCAAACAUAUUUAAUGGUGAUGGUAAAGAACAUGUUGGAUGUUUCUUCAUAUAUUAAACCUCUUCAGUCAGAAGGUCAUUUGGUCACUUUUUACU